GGUAGAGGCAGAGUUUCGGAGCACGUUCAGUUGACAGGCGUCGCCGUUGCUACUCGAUUCCCGAAAACAACACAAGCAAAUACACGGAGCUGUCGCGAGAUACGCGCCUUUAACUGGAUUAAGACGAGAAAAGCCGUUUUGGACGGACCGAGCUCAAGGCGGAUGAGCGCAGCCCGCGGGAGGGCAAGAGUGUUUCUGCGGUGGGGUCCAGUUAGCGAAAGAUGAACAAAAACCACCGAGUGCCGAGCAACCGAACUCUGAACGCCGUGGAGGUGAAGAGCAAGUUUGGAGCAGAAUUCAGGCGGUUCUCUUUGGACCGGUCCAAGCCGGGACGCUUUGAUGAGUUCUAUGGCUUGCUGCAGCAUGUGCAUCGGAUCCCUAACGUCGACCUGCUUGUGGGUUACGCCGAUGUACAUGGGGACCUGCUGCCAAUCAACAAUGAUGACAACUACCAUAAAGCAAUGUCCGUGGCAGCACCCCUGCUCCGUCUCUUCUUGCAGCGGAAAGAGGAGGCAGAUUACUCUUCAUUCGGUACGGACACUGUGACCCGUAAGAAGACCCCGGCGGUACUUGCUGCAGUCCUCCUUCGCCCGGACGCCAACAAGAAGAAGCCUCCGAUCAUCAUCAGCCUGCCCAAAGAUUUCCGCCCAGUGUCCUCCAUCAUCGAUGUGGACAUCCUCCCAGAGACGCAUCGACGUGUCCGUCUAUACAAACAUGGUCAGGAGAAACCACUGGGCUUCUACAUCCGCGACGGUUCCAGCGUUCGCGUUACGCCCCAGGGCCUGGAAAAGGUCCCGGGCAUCUUCAUCUCCCGCAUGGUCCCUGGGGGCCUGGCAGAGAGCACAGGACUGCUGGCCGUCAAUGACGAGGUGCUCGAAGUCAACGGCAUUGAGGUGAGCGGAAAGUCUUUGGACCAAGUAACGGACAUGAUGAUUGCUAAUAGCCACAACCUCAUUAUAACCGUCAAACCGGCCAAUCAGCGCAAUAACGUGGUACGCAGCAGUGGAGGCGGAGCCACAUCCGGCAGCUCGGGACGAUCUUCGGACAGCAGCACCAGUGUUUACGGUUACUCGACACCAGGCUCCAUGGCUAUGACCCCGUCCCAUAUUAUCCAGAACUAUGAGCCGGACGAGGAGAGCGAGGACGAGGAGGAUCUGGUGAUCGAGGCGGACGGAGGGACUAAACUCAUUCCGCAGGCAGCGGCACGGGCGAUGGCAAGUUCUAGCAUGCCCGCUCUGCCCCGAUAUGAGCCUCACCUCGACCUCCGCCCCUCGAAUGGUACCAUGGUGACCAGCGCAAGCGUAGGGUCUUUAAAUGCCCGCGACAGGGGUUUGGAGGGGCGUAAUCUAGAGGAGGACGGCACAGUCAUUACACUGUAGAGACGCACACGCCGCAUAUAAUCACACACAUGCCAAUACACACUCUUGUGUGCCAUAGGACUGAAAAUGCAUGCAUGUCUUUAUACUUGGGUGACCAGUGAGUCCAGGACCAAAAGAGCAGGACAGUCACCACAGCACCUUACAGCACUUCUCUAUAACCGCAGGGACCAGGUAGUCCCCAUCAUUGAACCCAUGGAGAAUGGCACAGCACCAAAAAUAGCUGCUUCUUGAGUAAUAAUGAACUUCAUGAGUCAAUGCGAUUGAAUGAAUGAAGAUGCCCGUCACGUGACUGAGAACAGAUACUCUGCUGCGUAUGAAUCAUGACAAUCUUUUUCUUUUUUUUUUUACUUUGACAACCACUCCCUU